AUGUUAAUAAAAGAGACAGUUGCAUCAGCAAAGAUAUGCUGGUGCCCUGUAAUAAACCAUAGAAUUACAAAUAUAUUAGCAAUUGGAAGUUGUGGAAUAAAUUCAAAUUUGAAUAUUGGAUUGUUUGAUAUUUCAAGUAAUGACAAAGAUAUUCCUAUAAUUGGUUCAACAGAAAUGAGCAGUAGAUGCACCUCAAUAGCUUGGGGAAAUCAAACUGGAAAUAGUAAUAUGGGGAUUAUAUGUAUUGGUAUGGAAAAUGGAUAUUUAGAUUUUUUUAGACCAAUAAUUUCUGAAUCUGAGGAUAUAGAUCUUUACUGUAAUUUAAAUAAUUUGUCAAAUGUUAAGGUCCAUGAAUCGAGUGUAACUUGCUUAAAUUUUAAUAAUGUUGAUAAGCAUUUAUUAGGAUCUGGAUGUAGUGAUGGAAAAGUCUAUGUUACUGAUUUAAAUAAUGAGACUGGUGAUUCAAUUAAUUCUUAUGAACCAGGACGUGAUAAUAAACAUGGUGAUACUGAAUUAACUGCAUUAAGAUGGAAUCAAAAAGUACCACAUAUAAUGGCAUCAUCAUCAACAAAUGGACUUACGGUCAUUUGGGAUUUAAAGUUGCGUAAAAGUGCAAUAACAUUUCGUGAUCCUGCACAAAGACAUAGACCUUCAACAUUAGCUUGGGUACCUCAACAGCCUACUCAGAUUGUUGUUGGUUAUGAUGAUGAUAGAAAUCCUUCAUUACAAUUAUGGGAUUUACGUAAUGUAUCUUAUCCAUUUAAGGAAGCUAUAGUUGGACAUCAGAAAGGUAUAUUAUCAGUAGAUUUUUCAUCUUUGGAUCCAAAUUUAUUAUUAUCUUCUGGGAAGGAUGGUAAGACUAUAUGUUGGACAUUUUUAAAUAAUCAACAACCUGAGAUAUAUUCUGAGAUGUAUUCUCAACAAUGGAAUGUUCAGAAUAUAUGGUCCCCAUACACUCCUGGAAUAUAUGCAACUGCAUCUCAUAAUGAUAGAGUUGGUAUAUAUUCAUUAUCACAUUCACAUAUUAUAACAUAUGUCCCUUCAUGGUAUCGUAGACCAACAGGAGUCAAUUUCGCAUUUUCUGGUAAAAUGGUAACAUUUUCUAAUUUAUCAAAUAAUAUAAAUCCUAAAUGUAAUCUUUAUGUAGUUCCUUCAAACCCGGAAAUAAUACCACAUGCAGAUAUAUUUGAUCAAUUAUUAAGUCAGGGUAAUUACAUCGGAUAUUGUCGAAAAAAGGCAAGUGAAGUAGAUAAUAAUAAUGAAAAAUUAGCAUGGAAUUUAGUAGAAAAUAUGUUUACAGAUGAUAGUGCUGAAAAAAGACUUUAUAUUGCAUCAUUAUUAGGCUUUGAUUCAAAUAAUGCAAAUUAUAAUGCAAGUCAAUUUUUAGGUAGGAAACCAGGUAUUAAUAAAGGUGAGGGAUUACAAGUAGAAAUAAAUAAUUUUAAUAGUGGUUUGAAAUCAGAAUAUAGUGGAACAUCUACAUUUGGAAAUUCUAGUACAAGUUAUGAUCCACAAAAUUUCAUGACAUCUCAAUGUUUAGAUCCAGAGAAAUUUUUUCAACAAUUAGGAGAGAAGACAGAUAUUAAUGGUGAUUCUAAUAAUGAAGAACAAUAUAUUCAAGAGAAGGUUAAUGAACAGUAUCAAUUUGAUCAUGAAUAUAAUACUCCAAGCAAUAUAUUUGGAAAUUCUACAAAUAUUUCUGCAAACACUAGUGGAAAUAGGCUAAAUUCUGUUCGUGAGAGAGAGUGGAGUAAAUGUGAAGAAAAUGUUAUUAAAGAUUUGUUUAUUACUGGAAAUAUUGAGGCUGCUAUAGAUGUUUGUGUUACAUGUGGUUUUUUUUCUGAAGCCUUAUUAAUGGCAAUACGUAUUGGUGGCCCUUCUCUAGAAUAUGUACGUCGUCAAUAUAUUAAGAAACAUGAUUUGGCUUAUUUACAAAAAUGUUUUGGUUAUGUAAUGUUUGAUGAUUUGGAAGAUUUUGUGAAGACAAGUAAUUUAGAUUAUUGGAGUGAGGUAUUGGCAAUCAUAGCCAUUUAUACUCAUCCAGAAAGUAUGCAAAGUAAUCCACUUUGCACUUCAAGUGAGCAGUCAAAAUAUUGUAUGGAAUAUUUAUCUGAAUUAUUGGCAAAGAGACUACAAGAUGAAAAGUUUGAUGUAAGAUCAGCAUUAAUUUGUUACUUAUGUGCAAGAAAUUUCAGAAAUUCUAUAGAAAUAUGGGGUAAUAUGACUACAUCUGGUCAGAGUUCAUUAAUCCUUGGAUUACAAGAUUUUGUUGAAAAAGUUGCUAUAUUACAGUCAGCAACAAGAUUCAAUGGGAAUGAUGAGAAUAUAACAAAACAAGUUGUACAUUAUGCAGAGAUAUUAGCAAAUUCUGGACGUAUUACUGCUGCAAUGAAAUUUUUGUCUACUCUGGCUGCAAAUGAUACAUCUAUAAAUUCUGCAAUGUUACGUGAUAGGAUAUAUAAUGCAGCUCCUGAGGUCAUGAAAUCUCUUGGUUUUAGUCAACCUCCAUUUCCUUAUACAUUGAUUGAUAUAUUUCCAAAUAAUAUACAACAAAGACAGUAUAUAACGACUCAGAAUGUCCAGCAAUUUGGUAGGAAUAUACAAAAUAAUAUGAAUGUAUAUCAAGCUCCCUCUGGAGUAUUAUCUCAGAUUUCACCACAAAUGUCACAUAGACCAUCUUCAGCAAUAGCACCUUCUCCAACAAUAAUUCCAUCACAACCAUCUGGUAUAUCAUCUAUAUUGUCAUCAACAUCACAAACAGGAACAAUAUUACCCAACCAACAAUCUCAUCAAUAUAUAAAUUCGAAUUUAUCCUCAAUAAUGCCUCCAUCUAUAGGUAGUAUGUCUUCAGGAGCACCAACACCAAUGGCUCGUCCUUCAUCAUCAAUUACUCCAGGCAAUAUUAUAAAUAAAUCAAUACCACCACCACCACCUCCAAAUAAUACAUUAACACGUCCAAAUUCUCCUGCAUCUUAUGGUGGACAAAUUCCGGGAUCUACAACACUACCAUCAGUGUCUAUUCCACAAAUCCCUUCUAUAUCAACAAUUCCUCAAAUACCUUCAAUUCCUUCGCAAAAUUCACUCUCAUAUAUUUCUAAUCAGGGCCAAUCCAUACAAAAUCCAAUUCAAGUAGGUCAACAAUCAUUACAACAAAAAUUUGGAUUUUCCCAACAAUCCUUACAAAAUUCUCAAAUGUCACGACCAUCACUCACUACGGCACCACAUAGUGGAGCAACACCCCCAAUACCAGGUAUGCCUAUUCCAUGGCCAUUACCAACAGCUACUCAACAAUUAAAUUCAAAUACAUCUUCUACAGCAAGUAUAAAUAGACAAAUACAGGCAGCAACAAAGAGAUCUCCUAAUAUACAAUCUAGUCAACCACUUCCCCCCCAACUAUUAGAUCUAGUAAUGUCAACAAUUAAUAAGUCCCUAUUAGAAGCAUUUGUAAAUGAACCAAGAAAGCAAGCAGAUGCUCAGAAACGUUUUGAUGAAUUAUUUGAUAAAUUGAAAACUGGUAACAUUACAGAUCAUGUCUCAAAUCAAGUAGUUAAAUUAUGUCAAGCAAUGCAAUCUGGAGACUUUGUUGCAGCUCACAAAAUCCAUAUUGAUUUGAGCUCUAGUGAAUGGGAACACAAUAAAAAUUGGUUAAUGGCAUUUAAACGUAUAUUACCAAAGUAA